AUGGGGCACACAAGGGCAGCGGUGCUAGCGGUGGUGCUCGCCGUCACCGUGCUUGGGCUUGCCACCGAUGGCCAGGCGCAGCUGCAGAGCGGGUUCUACACGGGCAAGUGCCGCGGGAGCGACGUGGAGGCGGUCGUCCAGGGUAUCGUCCAGGCCCGCUUCGCCAGCAACAGCGACAUUGUCGCCCACCUCCUACGCUUGCUGUUCCACGAGUGCGGUGUCAACGGCUGCGACGGCGGGCUGCUCAUCGACGGUUACAGCACAGAGAAGACGGCAAAGCCGAACCUGAGCGUCAAGGGCUACGAGCUCAUCACUGCGAUCAAGACGGAGCUCGAGAAGCGGUGCCCCGGCGUCGUAUCCUGCUCCGACAUCGAGGUCCUCGCAACCAGAGACGCCGUCGCCGCGUCCACCGGGCGAAGAUACGCGGUGCGCACCGGGCGCAGGGACAGCCGGCGGUCCGUGGCCACCGACGUGAACCUUCCCGGGCCGGAUGACACGGUCCCCAAGGCAGCCGCUUUCUUCCGCAACCUCGGCCUCACCUCGGACGACAUGGUCGUUCUCCUGGGCGCGCACACCGUCGGCGUCACGCACUGCAGCAUGAUCAAGAGGAGCCGCCUGUACAGCUACGGCGGCAGGGCCGGAGCAACGGACCCGAGCAUGGACCCCAACACCGCGGCCACGUACAAGAGAUACCCGUGCCCCGACACGGCGUCGUCCGACAACACCGUCCUGUACCUCGACGACCGGGCCAGCGCGUCCAAGGUGGACAACAGCUUCUACAAGAUGCUGCAGCAGCGCCGUGGCGUGCUCAUGGUCGACCAGAACCUCUACAACGACAGCUCCACGCGGUGGAUGGUCGACAGGCUCGCCAACACCGACCACUUCAACUGGCUCUUCCCGCAGGCCCUCGUCAAGCUGGGGGAGGUCAACGUGCUUACCGGCACACAGGGAGAGGUCCGCAGGGUCUGCAGCAGGUUCAACUGA